GAGAGGCGCUCUGCGCUCUUCGGGAGUUUGGCAGCCGCGCAGCUCUGAAGCACCAUGCCCUCCUCUGAGGACUUCUACCUGGAAUAUCAGGGACUUCUGCUUCCCAGAGAGACUCACUGCACAGAAAGCUUGAAGUUUGCGCAGGAAUUCAUUUUUAACGACGAUGACGUUGUGGCAGUUACAUACCCGAAGUCAGGAACGACCUGGAUGCAGGAGAUCCUGCCGCUGGUGCUAAAUGGAGGAGAUUUGACCCCUGUUCAUACGGUUGUGAACUGGGACCGGGUCCCAUGGCUCGAAGAAACAAGACUGGCGAAGAUUGUGGAUAAGCUGCCAUCUCCACGUGCCCUUGUUACACAUUUUCAUUACAGCCUCAUGCCCCCUUCAUUUCAUACCUCCAAAGCGAGAGUAAUCUAUGUUAUGAGGAACCCAAAGGAUGUCAUGGUGUCUUCGUAUUACUUCCACCAAAUGGCUAACUUCCUUGAGGAUCCGGGCACCUUUGAUGAAUUCAUGGAGAAAUUCCUGGAGGGCAGAGUGCUGUUUGGAAAAUGGACGGACCACGUAAAGAGCUGGAGACAUGCAGAGCUAGGAGACAGAAUACUUUUCAUCACAUACGAGGAAAUGGUUCAGGACCUGUCUGCAUCCAUCAAGCGCAUGUCCGACUUUUUGUGCUGUGAUCUCAGUAAAGACGUCAUCCAGAAGAUAGCAGAGCAUUGCUCUUUUCGGAGCAUGAAGGCCAACAUCAUGUCCAACUUUAGCCUGGUCCCAAAGGAAUACAUGGACAAUGAAAAGUCUCCUUUUCUCAGGAAAGGAAUCGCAGGUGACUGGAAAAACCACUUCAGCUCAGAUCAACUGGCCCGAUUCAAGUCUGUGAUUAACAGGGAGUUGGAGGGAGAGAAGUUCCCGCUGCCAUGGAGUCUGGACUGAUCCACACAGAGUAAUGGAAGAAUGGAGGAAAAACAAUCAAGUCCUCCUACUAAUAUUAGAAAAUAAGAAUUUUGUGCAAACAGCAGUGAAUUUUGUUUAAUAUGAGUCUUAGUUUUUAAGUAUAAAAGUAACUAUAGUACUUUAAAAUAUGAAUUAAGGGAACACUUUAACAGCUAAUCACUUCGAUCAGUCCAAGUUUUAGCUAACUACAGUUUAAUAUUAAUAUUUUGAGCUUCCCUGAAGUCCACGCUUAAUGCAUUUAUCAUCUGUAUAAUGAGAUCAUAACCACAAUGUAACAAUUAGAUAAUAAUACAUAUAUAUUUGACAAGUGUGACAAGUAAAAUUUAAGGGAACUCCAACUUAUUUUUUCCAUUUGCAAGUCAAAGCAAAAUUACAAAAUGUUUCCUUCUUCAUUCUCCUUCUACAUUCAAUAUGCAUUUAAAACCGGAAGCUUACAUACACUCCAUAUCUUUUUCUUAUUCUCUGAUAAUUCUUUUUUUUUUUAUGUCAUUUUGAAUUAUCAAAACUAUUUCUGUUUUAUAAAUGCGAGAUUAAUAAAUCAAUUUGGUUUAUUACCUUCUUUAAUUUCAGAGGAUUACACAUAUUUAUUUAGCCUACAGCUUUGUCUAUAAACUGUACAACUUGGGUCAAAGAUUUCUGGUGUAUGGAGCUAAAUCAGGGCCAUAAAUUUCGUUUAAAGGAAAUGAAAUUGACUCCAAAA